AUGGCGCGUACCAAGCAAACAGCGCGUAAGUCGACCGGCGGUAAGGCGCCUCGCAAACAGCUCGCCACCAAGGCGGCGCGCAAGUCGGCGCCCAUCACCGGCGGCGUGAAGAAGCCGCAUCGCUAUAGGCCCGGAACCGUCGCGCUCCGUGAGAUCCGCAAGUUCCAGAAGAGUACCGACUUGCUUAUCCGUAAGCUCCCCUUCCAGCGCCUCGUUCGCGAGAUCGCACAGGACUUCAAGUCCGACUUGCGGUUUCAGAGCUCCGCCGUGCUCGCCCUCCAAGAGGCCGCAGAGGCCUACUUGGUCGGACUCUUCGAGGAUACCAACUUGUGCGCCAUCCACGCGAAGAGGGUCACCAUCAUGCCCAAGGAUAUUCAGCUUGCGCGUCGUAUCCGCGGCGAGAGGGCCUAAAUUCAAGCACUUGCGCCUCUGCAACGUCUGCUUCCAACCGGAAUCUGUGUAAAUUUGACUUUUUCAGACACCCUUGCCACUCCGCUCUUGUUUCGCUCAAUUUCUGCCGCCUGCGUCCCCUGGCUGGCGUAGCGCUUCUGAUUCGCACCGCAACCACCUCUCAGACUUGGCCACGCUCCGCCUCUCAGUGCAAGGCUUGACGCACACUGGCCCCACCGACAUUUAGCCUGCGAAUAAACCAAAAGCCUAUGCAAUCGUUUUCUUG